UGAAACACUUUCUUCACACAGUAAGCUCUCUGCCUGAGAUACACUUACUGGCAUUAGCACAGUGUUAGGACCGAGCCUGGACCAACGGGUGGACCAUCAGUCAGGGCAUCCUCUCUUACAACAUCCCCCAUCACCCUCACCUUGCUCAGCAUCACCCUCACCUUGCUCAGCAUCACCCUCACCUUGCUCAGCAUCACCCUCACCUUGCUCAGCAGAGAACUACCAUGAUCUCACUCCAGAGGAUGUUGGGCCUCCUCAUGCUCAUGCUGUUGCAUGGAGUAGUUACCUUUCCUCUUGAGCUCAACCCUCCCAGAGUGGUGGUGAGAUAUGGAGACUCAGUCUCAGUCAACUGCAACACAUCAUCCACAGACCAUGAGGGGAUGGGCUGGGAGGCCACAUUGGGAGGUACAGGUUUUGAACAUGUCAACGUUGUCACCUGGACUGUGGAUGGCCUUACUGAUUGGACAAUAGAACCUAAAUGCUACAUCAAUCUCAUUGAUGGCGAACAACCCUCAAAAGUACUUCCAGUCAUUCUCUACAAGACUCCAGACAGCGUCUCCAUCUCUGUUCUGAGACACUCUGGUCCCAUGGUGGAGGGGACAGAGUACCAGCUGCAGUGUGACAUCCAGAACAUCGCUCCUCAACAGAACCUGGUUGUGAAGUGGUACAAAGGGAAUGAACUCUUAGAUAAUGUAACUUACAGUGACGUCAGUAAGACACCAGUGAAUGUGUCAGCUACUCUGAUGAUCAGCCCCAGUAGAGAUGAUGAUGGAGCUCAGUAUAGAUGUAGAGCAGAACUGGACCUGGGACCAGAGGGACCACAACCCCAUCCUACAGUGACAUCAGAACCUCUCAACAUUACUGUGCACUAUGCCCCCAAGUUUAACUGUACUGAUCAAUAUGAAGUUAAAGAGAAUGAAAAUCACAACCUCUCAGUCACCUGUACAGUUGAUGGCAACCCUUCUUCUAAAAUCACCUGGUUGAAAGCCCAACAGGAAGUGGAUAUCCCUCAAAGUCUCACUAGGGAAAACAGAGGGGAGUACACCCUGGUUACAAACAACACACAUGGAAAAGCCACUCACCACCUUGUCAUCAACGUCUUGUAUGCUCCUGAGUUCCUUCCAGGGAAUGACACAGUGGAGGUGAGUGCAGGCAGUGAUGUGUCUCUGGACUGCAGUGCUGAGGGGAACCCUCCUCCUGAGCUGAGGUGGACCAACAACACUGCAGAGGGAAAUGCCAAUGAGACCACUGUGGGGCACCUGCGUACUCUCUAUAUCUCCAGAGUAACAGCUAAUGCAACUUACAACUGCACAGUCACAAAUAGACUGGGCUCCAUCACCAAGCAGAUACAUGUCCUAGUAGAUGUACCUCCACAACACCCAACCAUGUUCUCCACAGCACCCUCAACUCCAGGAACUAUGACCACCCUCCCAGCAACAGCCAAGCCAAAAGUAGUUACCUUUCCUCUUGAGCUCAACCCUCCCAGAGUGGUGGUGAGAUAUGGAGACUCAGUCUCAGUCAACUGCAACACAUCAUCCACAGACCAUGAGGGGAUGGGCUGGGAGGCCACAUUGGGAGGUACAGGUUUUGAACAUGUCAACGUUGUCACCUGGACUGUGGAUGGCCUUACUGAUUGGACAAUAGAACCUAAAUGCUACAUCAAUCUCAUUGAUGGCGAACAACCCUCAAAAGUACUUCCAGUCAUUCUCUACAAGACUCCAGACAGCGUCUCCAUCUCUGUUCUGAGACACUCUGGUCCCAUGGUGGAGGGGACAGAGUACCAGCUGCAGUGUGACAUCCAGAACAUCGCUCCUCAACAGAACCUGGUUGUGAAGUGGUACAAAGGGAAUGAACUCUUAGAUAAUGUAACUUACAGUGACGUCAGUAAGACACCAGUGAAUGUGUCAGCUACUCUGAUGAUCAGCCCCAGUAGAGAUGAUGAUGGAGCUCAGUAUAGAUGUAGAGCAGAACUGGACCUGGGACCAGAGGGACCACAACCCCAUCCUACAGUGGCAUCAGAACCUCUCAACAUUACUGUGCACUACAAGCCAGUGAUUGAAUGUCUAAGCCAGUACAGUGCCGUGAAGGAGAAUUCCCCCCUGGACAGGAUCCCUUGUACAUUCAAUGGGAAUCCUCCCCCUAACGUUGUGUGGUACCAGGAGGGCAGACAGGUCAAUGCCUCUGCACCCCUGGCCAGGACGGACUUUGGCCAGUAUGUCAUCACGAUCAGCAAUGACAUAGGCAGCACCAGCUAUACUGUUCAUAUCACAGUGGAAUAUGCCCCCAAGUUUAACUGUACUGAUCAAUAUGAAGUUAAAGAGAAUGAAAAUCACAACCUCUCAGUCACCUGUACAGUUGAUGGCAACCCUUCUUCUAAAAUCACCUGGUUGAAAGCCCAACAGGAAGUGGAUAUCCCUCAAAGUCUCACUAGGGAAAACAGAGGGGAGUACACCCUGGUUACAAACAACACACAUGGAAAAGCCACUCACAAGCUUGUCAUCAACGUCUUGUAUGCUCCUGAGUUCCUUCUAGGGAAUGACACAGUGGAGGUGACUGCAGGCAGUGAUGUGUCUCUGAACUGCAGUGCUGAGGGGAACCCUCCUCCUGAGAUGAAGUGGAACGACACCGCUGCACGCAAUGUGAAGUUGUCCACUGAGGGGCGCCAGAGGACUGUUAGAAUCACCACAGCUGGGAUCUACAUCUGCACUGCCACGAAUAUAUUUGGGACGGUCACCAGAACAACAACAGUAACUAUAAAAGGUGGCUCCACAAUUAUAUUUUGGUUGUUUCCAUUAGUUGUCCUGGUCAUUGCCCUGGUAGUCCUGAAAGUCUUCUGUAUGUGGAAGAAAAGACAAGGAUCUUAUAAUUUCAUACCAGUCAACCAGUCAAAUGUUCCAUUGAUGCCACUGUCUACAACAGGGGUAGACAACCAUGAUCCAGAGGGGUAUCCUACGAAGGUUUGAGGAGUUACCUAAGUAAAUUAGAUAAACUCUUGAGUUCAACUCGGGAUAGCCAGUCAUACGAAAGUGUCUCACCCUUUAGCCAGGUACAUUUCAGAACUAAUCUGCUCCUGGGCAGGCUAACUCCAGCCCAGUAGAGGUUACUGAGGGGAGGACGGCCCAUAAUAAUGGCUGGAACGGAGCGUGGAUAACAUUCCACUGAUUGCGCUCCAGCCAUUACCACGAGCCCGUCUUCUCCCGAUUAAGGUGCCAACAAUCUCCUGUGAACUCCACUUGCCCUGACUGAAGUGACUGAGCCACGAGAUGAAGACCAAUUAAAUAAGAAUCCCUCCCGCUUGUAAAGAUUGCGUCAUCAUCUACUUCAUUUGAGGAAGACAAUAUUUUAUUCAUUAAUUUUUUUUGUGUAUGUCAAAUAUUUUUUUUGCGGGGGGAGGAUUAAAAUAUAUCACAUUCCAAAUGUUGUAAUGACAGAAUGCAUUUUAAAUUUCACGCACAGUAACACGUUUGUACAAUAUUAAAAUGAUUUGGUCUACAUGCAACAAUGGGAUUUAAUAAAUCAAAUCCUUAAAAAUACAUUUCAUCCACAUCAUUGAACAAUUCAUUCUGAAUGAAAAACGAAAUAUAAUUGAUUUCAAACAACAAUGAGACUGCGUGAUCUGCAAACGUAUUUAAAAUGUAAGAUUAGUGUGGGGAUUCAAUCUGAGCCUGUUCAAGUGUCUUGCAUCUGACAACAUACGAACGAAUGUAAUAAGAAUG